CUAAGGCUUUUGCUCUUUUCCUUAUAAUACGUUAGCUUUCAACUCUCUCGCUUAUCUCGCUUAUCCAUUAAAAAAAAAAAAGAAUAGGAAAAGUGUCUUUCAACUCACUCCUUCUUCAGGUUUAUAUCUUGCUCAGGAAGCACUUAGCAUCAUCAAUCAUUGAUUCAAGAGUUGGGGUUUCAGGUUACUUUUCGUGGACAUUUCAACAAGGCGCAAUUCAUAGAGAAGAAGAAGUGUCAUUUUCCAAUACCCAGUUGGGUGUUAUUGAAGCUACCCAACUUUCAUGUUUGCAGCCUUUGAUUCUACAGCAAUUUUCAGCCUCUCCAUAACCCUUUUGUCACUUCCAUUUCGGACAUUUAUAUUCUUCAAGCUAUAGUUUGUGCUAUUUUUUUUUUAAAAAAAAUUUAUUAUCAAAAUGGAAAAGACCGUUGAUUGGGAGCAAACGGCUCUGAUCAGUGAGCUGAAUCAGGGGAAGGAGCUAGCAAAGCAGCUCCUGAACCAUCUCCACCCUUCUUCAUCGAAUGAAACACGUGAAUUCUUGGUUUCGAAGAUACUUUCUUGCUAUGAGAAAGCGCUUUCAUCGCUAAAUUGGGGAGAGCAGCCCAAGCCCAUGACCAGCAUCCUGGAAUCGCCGCGUUCUUUUGCCAACAGCAGCCCGAGAAGUGCGGGUUCUGACCAGGAUUCUAAGCACAGAGAUGUCUACAAGAAAAGGAAGACAUUGCCCCGAUGGACGGAGCAAGUAAAGGUUUGCUCUGGAACAGGGCUGGAAGGGCCGGUUGACGAUGGUUACAGCUGGAGAAAAUAUGGGCAGAAGGACAUCCUCGGAGCUAACUUUCCGAGGGGCUACUAUAGAUGCACACAUCGACAUGGGCAGGGGUGUUUGGCAACAAAGUUAGUUCAGAGAUCGGAUGAAGACCCAAAUAUCCUCGAGGUAACAUAUCGAGGGCGGCACACGUGUAGCCAAUCCUCUCGUUUAAACGUGGCAUCGGCACCGUUGAAAAGUCCAAGGUUAACAGAGAACAAGAAUAAUCAUCAUCAUCAUCAUCAUCACGCACAACAACAAAAACUCAAAGAAAAACCAGCACAGGAAAUUGGAUGCAAUGUUGCAGCUCGGCUUACAGUUAAGACUGAGGGGUUGGAGGCCAGGGAGGAGGAUGACAUAUUUCCGUCAUUUUCCUUUUCUUUAACACCAAUUGGAUCCGAAAAUGAGGACGCCAUUCUUUUCUGUGAGUCCAUGUUGGAGAACAAUUUCAUGGGUAGUCUUUCUCCGACGUUUUUGUCGCCGGCGACAUCUGAUUCCAACAUGUUUCCGAUGUCUCCAUGCCAUAUGAACUGCUAUGGACUAGGCCACAACGUGCAAACCUCGGACUCUGAUCUCACCGACAUAAUUUCUGCCCCAACCUCCGCCACCAAUUCGCCAAUUCUGAAUUUGGAUUUCUCACUUGAUAAGGUUGAGCUUGACCCGAAUUACCCAUUCGACAACCCAGAUUUCUUCUCCUAGUGUUUACCUUCAGCCCACCCCAAAAAAAAAAAAAAAAAAAAAUCGCAAAUUUGACAGAUUAAUUAGCCAAUUCUCUUGUCUAUCCAAGCCAGCAUACAAAAGAGAGAUGAAGAGAGUUCAUCCCAGUGAUGGCCAUUGUAAGUAGCAUGUGAAAACCACUGUACUGCGUGCCAUUAGCUUUGUGAAAUGUAGAAGUCUAGGAAAUAAUGAGUAGCUGUAGGCUGUAGCAUCUCUGGCUAGUCAAUUUUCCUCCUUUUUUUUUUUUUUUUUUGGUUUUUUCGAGAUUCUGUUAUCAGAAAGAAGAUUGUGUUCCUGCCUCAAGUAAAAUGUAAUAAAUUUCAAAUCUUCA